CUGCGGACGCGCCCUCGGUCUCCCCUUAUCCUGAUGUCACCACUGUUCGUCCUCGUGCACGAGCACCGCAAGUCCGCUGCGCCACUGUAACCUGUGCUCACUCAGCCGAGACCUAACCAACAUGGUUAACGAGCAAGUGCCGGCGGUGGAGGUGGAGAACAGUGAGGCGGCGGCGCCCGUGGAGAGCGAGGAGGCGGCGCCCAAGGCGGAGCAGCAGGCGGAGGACGAGGCGCCGGUCAUCGAGGACGUCAAGGAAGAUGAGGACGAGGAGGAGGAGGAUGAGGACGAGGACGAAGACGAUGACGCUGAUGAAGGUGAGCUAGGUGCAGGGGCAAACGAGGGCUCCAAGCAGAGCCGGAGCGAGAAGAAGAGCCGCAAGGCCAUGAUGAAGCUCGGAAUGAAACCCGUCACCGGCGUCAGCAGGAUAACCAUCAAAAGAGCCAAGAACAUACUGUUCGUGGUGUCAAAACCUGACGUAUUCAAGAGCCCGACGUCGGAGACGUACGUCAUAUUCGGAGAGGCAAAGAUCGAGGACCUGAGCUCCCAGCUGCAGGCUCAGGCCGCGCAGCAGUUCAGGAUGCAGGACCUCAGCAAGGUGAUGGCCAAGCAGGACGCGGCCGCGGCCGCACCGGCCGACGAGGAGGAGGAGGUCGACGAGGCCGGGAUAGAGCCCCGCGACAUCGACCUCGUCAUGACGCAGGCCAGCGUGUCGCGGGCCAAGGCCGUCAAGGCGCUCAAGGCGCACGACGGCGACAUCGUCAGCGCCAUCAUGGAGCUCACUGCUUGAUAACAAUACGCCCUUCGCUUCUGGUUGCUUCGUCGUCAGAAACACCUUGGGGAAUCAUGCCUCACGUUGUAGUGUCGUUGUUCAUUUUUGGGGAUUUGCAUAAGAUGUUCUGUUUGUUCACCUCAUGAACGUCAUGUCACUUUUCAGAUUAAUGUCAUCUUUAAGUUGUUAAUCGAAGUCCCAUUUCAGUA